AUGGCACCGUUAGAAAGAGAUCCACCCAAAUUCUUAUUUGAUCAUAUAACAGACAUAAACGAAGACUUCUUGACGGACGACGAAGAAGAGUUAUUUCCAGAACGCCUUAUAUACAACGACAUAGACACAAGAGAUAGAGACACGGACGAAGAGAUUGACAUAAACACCGACGAGUUAAAUAACUAUAUACCUGAAAUAGUAUUGGAAGUCAUUAGACAAUGGAGUACAUACUUUAAUAGUGCUGUUCCGCCACUUGUCAACAACCAUGACAGAAAGACAGAGGACAGCGAUGACGAGUCAAUUGAGACAGACGAAACCGACGACAGAGAGACAGAAGACAACGAUGACGAGUCAAUUGAGACAGACGAAACCGACGAUAGAGAGACAGAGGACAACGAUGACACAGAGACAGAGGACAGCGAUGACAAAGAGACAGAGGACAACGAUGACACAGAGUCAGAGGACAACGAUGACGAAUCAAUUGAGACAGACGAAACCGACGACAGAGAGACAGAGGACAACGAUGACGAGUCAAUUGAGACAGACGAAACCGACAAAAUCCACGACGACGACGAAUAUUCCCGGAACUUCAUGCCCACAUACAGCUUCGAUGCAAGGCUUGCAUAUUUCAACGCCAUUCGCCCGCCUGUCAACGAACGCCGACCAGUUGAGUCAGACUCGGACGACCCGCAGCCGUGCUCAUCAUCAGGUCUGAAGAGACCGCGUUCAGACUCUGAUGAUGAGCAACCCAGGUCAACAAAGCGGAGACGGCCAACGUCGUACCAGUCAGAAAGCGAAGAAAGCGAGUCGGACAACUUUCAAUAG